UUAAAGAAACUAAAAGAGUAUACAAUUCAUCUUUUUGCGAGUAAUUAGUCGUACAAAUGGGACGUAAUAUAAUUAACAAUCAAGUAAUUUUAUAAUAAAGAAUAUCUAGGUUAUAUUUGUUUACAAUCAGAUUUUAAUCAAACUAGUCUAACACUUGGCAAUGUUAUUUUCACGUUACAGACGAAAAUGUAGUAGUAGAAGCAAUAGAUGUAGAAGUAGGAGGGCAAAUGCAAGUGGACGAGCAAGAUGUGGAAGAUCAACAAGAUGAAAACGCUUUUCCAAAUAAUGAAGAGAAUGAUAUACCAACUGAAAAUUCACAACAAAAAAAUUAAAUCUUUCACAGCAAAUGUAGCAAGCACAAAUUUAGAUGUUUCGGAUGUGGACUCUGAUCAAGCAUGCCCAAUAUGCAUGGACCAAUGGACCACUUCGGGAGAACAUCGUUUAUGUUGCUUACGCUGUGGACAUCUGUUUGGGCAUAGUUGCAUUCUGAGAUGGUUACAACAUUCUUGCAACAGUACAAAUCGCCGUUGUCCACAGUGCAAUAAGAAAGCUGCUGUGAAACAUAUUAGGAUGUUAUACGCGAAAAAACUAACAGCAAUUGAUUCUACCGAAUAUGACAAACUGAAGAGGGACUUGAUUAAUGUGUCAACUGAAAAGAAUCAUUUGCGGAUAGAAUUAUCGCAGGCCAGCACUCGUAUAAAAGUAUACGAAGAUCAAAUGAAUAGCAUGAAGAAACGUAUUACUGAAUUGGAAAGUUAUAAUUCAAAAAUCAAUAUUGAUACUGGUCAAAAUACUUCAGGUCUCUCUACUUCAAGAAAAUUUCAUUUAGAACAAUCUGUAGAAAUUUGCAAAGAUGGUGGCUGUCGCGUCCUGGAUUACAAUCCAUGGUACAAAUUUCUGGCUAUUUCUCAGAAAUCAACAAGUACCCUAUUCAAUGGGUAUGGCAUAAGAAAGAUGGAUUGUGAAUGCUUCAGUUUACGGCAAUUUAUUUUCUUACACACUGAUGCUAUAAGAGAUAUGACUUUCCAUUAUACCCAACAAACAAUUCUUCUCAGUGUUGGUUUUGAUAAAUGUGCAAAGCUAAUGGACAUCCAAAACAAUAUAACAGUGCAUACUUAUCAAACAGAAUAUCCACUUUGGAGUUGUUGUUGGUCAGGUGACAAUCCAAAUGUUUUCCUAACUGGCGCGCAAAAUGGUACUAUUACUCAGUUUGAUAUUAGACAAACUUCUUGUGCUGUUAAUGUCUUAGAGGGUAAUGGUGAUAGGUCACCAGUUGUAUCAAUGGCAACAGUACCGCCGAAUCCUGGCAGUGGUAUUAGUAGAGGUGGAUUCAUAGCAUGUCAUUUGAAUACAUGUUGUGCAUAUGAAAUUAAAGAUACCACCUAUCUUUCUAAACAGAUGUUUAUAGAAGGUCCUUUUGUCUCAGUGCGCUAUGAUGAAAAAAGUCAUCACUGUCUCAUAUCGUCUCGUCCUAAUUCUAGACAACCAUAUGCUAGACACACAGUAUGUACUAUCGAAAGAGAUACUUCUAAUGAAGAGACAGCUAUAUUUAAUGCGGUGCACACAUUCCAGGCUGGUAAUUCCCAACAACUUUUGUCUCGACCAUGUUAUUUAUCUGUGGAAGAUGACACAUUGGUGUCAGCAUUUAUAGAAUCAAAUAAUAGUAUAUCAAUAUGGAGUGUAGCGAGUGGCCAAAAGUUUCAAAAUAUUCCAAUAUCAGAUCCUAUUAUGGAUUUGUGUUCAUUUAAUAUUAACGAUAACUUAUUUUUAACAAGUCUUUCUGCAAAGAAACUUAGGCUAUAUAAUUAUGGACAAUUAAAAUAAAUGUAAAGUACAAAUGUGCAAAAUGAUACACACUCUGCCUCGCCACUUAUUGUGAAGUUUGGUACAUCUGGAUACUGUAGUGUCCAUUGAUGCUGAAUUUUUAUACAUGACAGACUGACUCUUAAACUAUACUUCUUUUCUUUGUGAUUGUAAUGUUAUACAUAUAAAGUUUGAUGUAAAAAGAAAUAUAUCUAAAAUUUAUUU